GUAUUAAAUAGUUCAAGAAUUACUACUCCUAUUAUUAUAAUGCCUGCAAUAUUAUAAUUCCAACAUAAUUUUUUUCGCAAACCAAAAUCUGUCAACGUAAAGAUUCUUUAUCCAUCAUUCUUCACUCCUAUAUAUAAUGGCCAUCACCUUUCAGCAAUGCUACCAAAAGCUUCAUUCUCUUUUGAAACCAACAAUUUUAAUAAUUUAUUCAUCCAAUAUCAAAUACCAAUGGCUAUCUCGAGAAAGCUUGUUAAACCUCUUUCUCUGCUGCUCCUUUACAUGGUACUAUUAGAAGCGGCCGCACCUCGCGCCGAAGCGGCAAUCACAUGUAGCACGGUGGUCAACGGCCUAAUUCCGUGCCUUAGCUACGUAGUGAACGGCGGCAAGGUGCCGCCAACUUGCUGCAAGGGGAUUAAAUCCCUCUACGGCGCCGUAAAGACCACGGCGGAUCGCCGGAGUGUUUGCUCGUGUUUGAAAACCGCUACCUCAAGUGUUAGUGGUAUCAACUUCAAGAAUGCUGCUGCCCUCCCUGGCAAAUGUGGCGUCAAAAAUAUUCCCUUCAAGAUUAGCCCUAAAGCUGAUUGCUCAAAGGUGAAGUGAAGAAGCACGAUCUAUGGGAAUAUAAUAUAUCAAGCAAAACUGAACUCACGUCAGUGAUAUAUAUAAGUUGUCUAUGACAUAGAGUGAGAAUAAGAGUUCUAUUGUCUCUAAUCUUGUUAGAGAUAUUUAAAUGUGUUUUUGUUAUUUUCUUUAAUUUGGUUCUCAAUGGUUGUGUAUCAUGGAUAUCGUGUAUCAUCCAAUGAUCACCAAUCAAAUCUUUUGCGGACUGUUUAUUAAAAAAACCAUCGGCCCUUAAUUAAUAGUUACUGGAAACCAAAAAAAAAACGUUACUAGAAACCGUUUGGUCUAGGUGAUCAGGUAACUAUAAGAAUGAAGUGCUGAAAUGCACUUUUUUGUUAUUGAAACUUAUUUUACAAAAGAACAGUUAUGUGUUUGUGUGA